AUGUCCAAUCUUGUCCAUUGUAUGGUCUGCUUUACCUUUCCAGUUCCCGAUCUGAAGUUUUAUCUAUCCAGCUGUGGUCAUAUCGUUUGUUUCAAAUGCGUUCAAAAAGGAGCCUUGGCUCUGAAAUGCAAGGUUUGUCAGAAGGACAAUCCGCAAGUUGUAGAAAUAAACAGUAAUAUGAAGCCUGAGAGCAACAGUGUUGAAAUGCUACAAAGAGCUUGCAAAGAAGAAAUGCGCAAGAAGAAUCAAUACAAGGCGGAUCUACAACGCAUAAGUGUAGAGUACAAGAAGAAAUGCAAAGAAACGAUUGCACUCAAAGAUCAAAUUGUAAAGAUGAACAGUUGCGCAUUGAACCUGAAUGAUUUAACCAGCGACCCUUUUCGUACGCCAACGAUGGAGAAAGGGCUACCGCGUAGUUUUACGACGUCUACCCCGUAUAAGCAACCUCGACAAAGAGAUGAGGAUAGCACGGAGUCCCCAAUGAUGCUAACAAAUCAAUCUGGCAGUAGUACAUCAUUUGCUUCAGUUGGUAUUCCAUUGACCUCGAUGGAUUCGGGAGGAGAGAUUUCAAAACUUGCUCAUAUGACAUCUGCAAUGUGUAGGAAUAGCACCAUUUCUGACACCCUGCAAACGGAUAGGAACUCAGAAGAAGGUUCCUCCUCUUCACUUUUUCCCGGCAGUAGGACACUAUUCCCGUUCACAGAGGGCCACGGUCAAAGUGGGGAUACUUCAACAUCAAAUGAUAGCAACUCUGCAAAGACUCCAGCAACGAAGAAGUCGAAGCUGGAUAUAAUGUCAAGGACUCAGCCACUACCGAUGAAAUACGCGCGUCCAGAGUUUCACUAG